AUGAUCAUUUUCUUCAAGAAACCGCUAAAAGUAAAGUUGAAAAAAAUGAGUGAAAUUGAAACUCCGCCACGUUCUCAUCAAAAUGACGUCGAUGAAUUGUUGAAUGGAAUUGAUGAGAGUGCCGAUGAGGUUCUUGCAUCUGUUGUUGAUACAUCUUCUUCCGUUCAAACAACAAAUAUUAUUUUGGAGGAAGGAAAUAACAAUAUUGCACAUGGUGAUGACUUGAUGAUGAUAAAUGGAGAUUUACUAUCUAAUGUGAAUGAUAAUUCGUCAUCGAUUGUUCAUAAUGGAGAUCAAACAAAAUCUAAGCAAUUAUCUUUGGAAGAAAUACAAUUGAUGAAGAGACAAAAGGAGGAAGUUCCUUUUCUAAUGUCAUCAUUCCCUAAUGUUAAGACUAGUUUCGGAUACAAAUCUAACUUCCAUACAGCUUGUCCAUACACAGCUAGAGUAAUUUGUUACUGUACCAAAUUCUUCCAAAAUUCGAAACAAGAACAAAGAUAUAUUCAUAACACUAAGAGUAUUUUGGAAAUGUAUUGUAAAAGUAGACCAGAAUAUGCUAACGAGUUUGGUUUUAAUCGUCUAAAUCAACCAACUCUUAAUUCAACAAUAGUAAUUUCUAGGGAUAGAUUGGAAGGAAUUUCAAACACCUAUUCGGAUGUGAUCGAUUCUCUUUCAUCAAAUAAGCCACAACAAGAGAUGAUAGACGAGAAUGAUGCUCUUAUACAAUUGAUAGACGAAUUUCCACAAACUGAGGAAACCAUACCAAGUAUUGAAAGCACAGUUACGGCACCUGUUGAUGUAUCUGAUGCACCAACAGUUGAAUCUGUAGUUGAAACACCAAAGACUGAAACAGAAAGUCAAUCAUCUACUAAGAUAUUUUCUGAAACUGACCUUUCACAGAUUCCAAAGAAACGUGGUAGACCAAGAACAAGAAAGCUUUGCAAGAUUUGUAAUAGUUUUGAGCAGGAGACCAAAUUCAUUCAGUGUUUGUCUUGUAAUUCAUAUUUCCACACAUUUUGUUAUACACCUAAUUUGGAACAUUUGGAACAAGUUCAUAAGGAUAAUUGGUUAUGUUCUGAUUGUAAAAUUUGUUUGAAAUGUAGAAAGGGACCAAAUGAAGGGACACUUGUAUUUUGUGAUUAUUGUGAUUGUGGAUUUCAUGUUGAUAAAUGCUUAACAGAUUCACAAAAGCCAGAAGAAGGCAAGAAACAAUGGUUUUGUCCAAAUUGUUUAGAGAAUCACAGUGAAGGAAUUGAAAACUUUAAAACCGAUAUAACAACAACAAACAAGGCAGUUGUUGAGGCAAGUAGCAAGGCUUCAGCAUCUGAGGAAAAGAAAACCAAAACACCAAAGAAAAAAAAGAAAAAGAAAUAA